GAAAUGGUCCGUGCGUUUACUAUUCUGGUCUCCCAUCCUGGGUUGAAUGAGCAUCACGCGCCCCGCCAACUUUUCAACUGUCAUCCUUCGACACGACUGCAAAGUAUCCAUCGACUUUGGAUCUCCGCACGUGCAAAACACAGUCAACAUGAGCGCUGAACUAGAAGCCGAGAGACAAGAGUACGAGAAUCAGCUCGAACUCGUCGUCACAUCGCUCAAAGAUGAUCCCGAUAACGCCGAACUCCAGACCCUCAAGGGUGACCUUGAGGGCAUGAUCCAGAUGAUCAAUGAUUCCAUCGCUGAGUUGAAGCCUAAAUCCGCGCCCGCGCCGCCGAAGCGACAGCCCUCCCCACCGCCAGCGCCAAAGGAGAAGUGGUCGCGAGAGAACCACCCAGCCUUCAAGAAAGCCGGCCCCGAAGCGGCCGAGGAGAAGGAGUCGGACGUCGUUGUAAACUACCAAGUCAACGACACAGUGAUGGCCAAAUGGGCGACUGGCGACAAGGGCUUCUACCCGGCGAGAAUCACGUCAGUUACCGGCUCCAAGACCGCGCCGAUUUACACUGUCAAGUUCAAGAGCUAUGAUACGGUUGAGACGUUGAGAGCGAAGGAUAUAAAGCCCAUGCCUGCCCAGAAGCGCAAGGCUGACGGGAUCAGCACAGCGCCUACAGCCGGCCCGUCUUCCUCAUCAUCUACCCCAGCCUACGGUUCGGGUUCUGCGACGCCAACAGUGAACAAUGGGAUCGUCAAGUCUGCUCCUGCUGACAUGUACCCCCAGGCGCAGGCCGCGGCGGAGAACAACCCAGACGAGAAGCCGAAACCGAAGUUCAAGAAGAUAAAGGCGACGAAGGAGCUGGAGGCGGGGAAGAAUAAGUGGCAGGAGUUUACUCAAAAGGGAAAGUUUGGGAAGGCUGCGAAGAAGGAGAGCAUGUUCCGCACGCCGGAGGGUGUCAAGGGGAGAGUCGGGUUUACUGGCUCUGGCCAGACCAUGCGCAAAGACCCUACCCGCAGUCGGCACAUCUACCAACCCAACGAAGAUUUGGAUUGAGCAAUUCUUCAAAAGAGUCUUGGACUAACUCGGGUUGUUUUCUACUUUCAGAACCUUUUUCCGGCCCCCCAUGGGAGACUAUUCAUUCUCGUCCCGGCGUUCAUAGCGGCAUCAUCAUUCGACAUAUCAUCAGCAAGGAGGACAUGACGGCUAGCGUUGGGAUCAACUGGCUGAGAUCAAUGGGAGGGAAUUUGGCGUUUAUGGUCUUGCUAUCAUUCGCUCGGGUUGCUCCCUGGUUUGCCCUGCUCUUGAUUCCGUUUCUACUUUUGAGAAGAAGAUGGAUGGCUAACAGUGGUGCUCCGCAAUAUGUGACCAAACCAGCUACUUCACCAAUAGAGGGCUCAGUUGGCCGACCUUUGUUGAGUAUCUUGCGCAUAAUCACGGGGCAAGGGGCUAAUGGAAGGCUGUACAUAGAUUCGAUUGGCCUGGGAGAUGGCGGGUCAUUGGGGCUGCCAUCUCACUUGCUGCUGUUCCAUGUAGUAAUAAGAUACCCUACGCUAUCCA